AUGGCUUAAGGUGCUUUCGGUGCUAUAUACGAAGGAAAUACUAACCUACAAGAGCCAAAAGCUGUUGCGAUAAAGCAAAUGAGUCUUCCUGACAGUAUUUACGGAAGGUGUGUUUUACACGAUAUUUUCAACGAAAUUACCUGUUUAGAAGCCUUCAGACUAGAUCAAUGUAUAACAGACUUAUAUGACUAUGGACUUACCAAAAGUGACUACAGAAUAGUGAUGAAAAAAUACCCAAUUAGUUUAAAAUAAUGGCGUUUAAAGUAAAAGAAGGAGUCUUUUGUGGAAAAUCUACCAACUUAUCUAACUAUAUAUAAGGAAGUUUUGAAAACAGUUUAACUUUUGCAUUAAAAUAAUGUAAUACAUUAUGAUAUAAAGGCUGAUAACAUACUUUUAGAUUUUAAAGACUAAUAGGAUUUAUAAGGUGAAAUAAAGGUAAUUAUAGGAGAUUUCGGGGUAUGUAAAAUGUUUAAGAGCGAAUAAGAUGAACAUUCUUUGUAAACAAAAGGUACUGAAUGUAUUUAGUCACCUGAAAUGCUUACUUUGGCAAUAAAUUCGAAGAAAGAAGGCGAUAAAUAUGACAGAAGAAAAAAAGUAGGAACAACAAGGAGUUCAGAUGUAUGGAGUUUAGGUUGCCUUUUAUAUGAGAUAUUGACAGGAGAAUUCCUUUACUAUAAUAACCAAAUAUAGACAAUGUAUUGA